AUGAUGAUGAAAUUUGGGAAAUUAUCACUGUUGAUUAGUUUCAGUGUUUUCUGUUAUGUAGUGAUUGCUAUACCCGAGACUUGUCCUGCUGCUAAUGUUGGUAAUUGCGGUGAUUCAGAUGAUUGGGAAGGGGAGUUUUUCCCUGGCAUUUCCAAAAUUAAAUAUGAGGGGCCUUUGAGUAAGAAUCCACUUUCAUUUAAAUGGUAUAAUGCAGAAGAGGAAGUUCUUGGGAAGAAGAUGAAGGAUUGGUUCAGAUUUAGUGUUGCAUUUUGGCAUACAUUCCGUGGAAUAGGUGGUGACCCAUUCGGUGCACCUACCAAACAUUGGCCAUGGGAAGAUGGUACCAAUUCAUUAAGAAUGGCUAAAAGAAGGAUGAGAGCGAAUUUUGAGUUCAUAAACAAACUUGGUGUGGACUUUUGGUGCUUUCACGAUAGGGAUAUAGCACCUGAUGCGCCGACUCUUGAGGAAACAAAUGCAAACCUGGAUGAAGUGGUGGCUCUUGCUCAAGAGCUUCAGAUUAAGGGAAAAAAGAGUGUUUUGUGGGGAACAGCUCAGUUGUUCAUGCAUCCUCGCUAUAUGCAUGGUGCUGCUACUAGUUCUGAGUUAGAGGUGUAUGCAUAUGCUGCUGCUCAAGUGAAGAAAGCCAUGGAGGUGACACAUUAUUUGGGAGGAGAAAAUUAUGUUUUUUGGGGCGGCCGUGAGGGUUACCAAUCUCUUUUGAACACAAAUAUGGAACGAGAGCUUAAUCACUUGGCUAGAUUUUUUGAAGCUGCUAUUGCACACAAAAAGAAGAUUGGAUUCAAUGGAACACUUUUAAUUGAACCAAAGCCACAAGAGCCUACAAAACACCAGUAUGAUUGGGAUGCUGCAACUACAGCUAAUUUCUUGCGAAAAUAUGGACUUAUAGGGGAAUUCAAACUUAACAUUGAGUGCAACCAUGCCACCCUAUCUGGCCACAGUUGUCAUCAUGAGCUCGAAACUGCAAGAAUUAAUGGAUUGUUGGGUAAUAUUGAUGCAAAUACUGGUGAUCCUCAAGUUGGUUGGGACACGGAUCAGUUUCUCGUAGAUAUCCAAGAGGCAACAAUGAUUAUGCUCAGCGUUAUCAGAAAUGAUGGAAUUGCACCAGGCGGAUUCAACUUUGAUGCCAAAUUAAGGAGAGAGAGCACAGAUGUUGAAGACUUAUUCAUAGCUCAUAUUGUAGGAAUGGAUACAAUGGCCCGAGGCCUCAAAAAUGCUGCCAAGCUAGUUGAGGACGGUUCUCUGGCCGAGCUUGUCCGCAAGCGAUAUCAAAGUUUUGAUACAGAAAUUGGGGCUCAAAUAGAGGCUGGAAAAGCUGACUUUGAUUUCCUUGAGAAGAAGACCAAGGAAUGGGGAGAGCCAAAGGUUGCUUCUGCAAAACAGGAGCUAGCUGAGAUGAUCUUCCAGUCUGCUAUGUAAAAAGCAGCAUCUAGCUCUGCGUGGAAGUUCUUUAGGAUCUCGGGUACUCCGACUACAC